CUAUAAGAGGAGAAGACUGGCCUUCAAAUGAACAUACUUUGAGGGACAUACAGGUUUUUGCACACAGUCAAGAAAAGACAUCAGUGCCAAAAAAUGGGAAGGCAGAAGGCCAUGCUGGUUAAGGUUGCGCAGACUGUGCAGAUCCGCAACAAGCUGCUGCGCCAGGGAUUGGCAGAAUGCUUGGGAACUCUCAUCCUGGUGAUGUUUGGUUGUGGUGCUGUUGCCCAGGUCAUACUAAGUGAAGGAUCUCAUGGUCUCUUUCUCACUGUUAAUCUCGCUUUUGGGUUUGCUGCUACCCUUGGAAUCUUGAUCUGCGGCCAGGUGUCAGGGGGUCAUUUAAAUCCAGCUGUUACAUUUGCUCUCUGCCUCUUGGGAAGAGAAAAAUGGAGAAAGUUCCCAGUUUAUUUCUUCUUCCAAACAUUGGGAUCAUUCCUGGGUGCUGCGAUUAUCUUUGCUGAAUACCACGAUGCCAUGUAUGAUUAUGCUGGAGAAACAAAUGAGUUGCUUGUAACUGGGAAUAGAUCCACUGCUGGGAUUUUUGCUACUUACCCCAGCAAGCAUCUCACCCUCUUAAAUGGUUUUACUGACCAGAUGAUAGGCACAGCGGCUCUGAUUGUCUGCAUCCUGGCCAUUGUUGAUCCGUUCAACAACCCGAUCCCUCAAGGUCUCGAGGCUUUCACUGUUGGAUUUAGCGUCCUUGUCAUUGGCCUCUCCAUGGGUUUCAAUUCUGGUUAUGCCGUGAAUCCAGCCAGAGAUCUAGGACCUCGUAUUUUCACCGCCAUGGCUGGAUGGGGUACUGAAGUUUUCACUGCCGGGGAUUGUUGGUUUUUGGUGCCAAUCUUUGCCCCUUUCCUGGGAUCCAUCAUUGGCGUGAUUGUGUACCAGCUAAUGGUGGGAUGGCACAUGGAGGGAGAAGUUCGAGACAGGAAGAUGAGAGGUACGGAUGAGAACAUCAAGCUUAAUGAUGUCACCAGCAAGGAUGGAUUGGCGUGAUCUCUAUCAACCCUCUUCACACGCUCAUUGUGCUUAAGGUUUCAAUAUCCUUCCACAGAAGACUUUCCUUUUCUUUAACAAAGGAAAUUCUGAUUGUCAUGCAUCCUGUCACAAGAACUUCCGAAAACACUGCAAGUCUCUAGAUUUGAAAUCUUUUUCAGUUGUUGAAUCUGACUUUCGCUGUUUUCUUGUUUUAUCUGUUUCUUCACACAUCCUCCAGAUUCCUCCAUUAAGGGAAAAAGGUCUUUCGUCUGCAACACGAAUUAUAUUAAUUCACUGUUUUGAAAAGUUAGUAAAAUCGUUGUGUAGCAUAUAUUGAUAUUUACAGUAUUUUAUGCUUUUAUAUACAUUUUCCACUAUGAUAAAAAUGUUUUUAUGUUCAUGGAAAGGUGAGCAGUUCUUUGUAAAUAUUUUGUACUCCCGUUUUCAUUUAUGCAGUUUUUCACUUUGCUUUUUGGGAAUGACCACUUAACAUGCAUUUCAGAAAACCAUACUGCAGAUAGUGAUGUUGUUACAGUCUAUAAAUAGUAUCAUCUGUUUCUGAAUCAUUGUAAUGUUGUGCCUGUGAUAUGAAUGUUCUAAUGCAAUGGAUUGUUUUCCUAAUAAAUUGUUUUUUUUUUUUUAGAUUUGUUAACAA